UACAACUGUACUGCUCCGCUUCCUGUCAUCAGCAGGCUCACUGAGUGAACUCCAUCCUAUCAUGACAUAAUUUCAAUGGGACUUGUGCUAAGGAAGUUUCUGGCUGCUUUCUGCUGAUCUUGGAUGGUGUUGGGAAAUACUAGGUGUGACUUUGAUCGGUUUCCUGAGUGUAUGAGAUAGUCACCUGCAUGUGGGUGGAGAGGCAAGAGCUUCUGGUUUCAGCCCAAACCAACUGUCUUCAGGUAUGGGGGUUGGAGACUCAUUUACUCUUUUUUAUUGAUGUGGAAAUAUUAUGCACAUAAGAGCUCAAAGUGUUCUGUACAUUCAGUGUGACUAUAAUUGCUGCUUUACAUGGCCUUUGCCUCUGUUUUCCCCAUUUCUCUCCCCCUCUAGUUCAGUAAUGGUAAGUUCCAUAUGUUAAACGUCAUGUGACUCUCUGACAUGUGUUAUGUAUUUAUAGGAGUUGCCUGGUGAUUCCUCUCAGACUUCUCUGGACAUCCCUCCCUCCUCAGAACCACUGCAUUAUCUCCAAGAAGUUUCCUGCCACCAUGAUGACUGGGGGCUUGUCUGACCCUAAACCUGCCACUCCAGAGAUCCAGCAUCUUGUUGACCAGGUGAAGCCACAAUUAGAAAGCAGGGAGAACAAGACCUAUGGCAUCUUUACAGCCAUAUUAUACCGGUCUCAGGUGGUUGCUGGAGUCAAUUACUUUGUUAAGGUCCAGAAUGGUGAAAAUGAUUACGUCCACUUAAGAAUAUUUGAAGCCCUUCCUCAUGAGAACCAAGGUCCCAGACUUACUGGUUAUCAGACUGGCAAAACCAGAGAUGAUCCUCUGGAUUACUUCUGAGGGUGCUGAGGAAUGAUGGUUCCUCACUUCUGCAAGCCACGUGUGGAUUCUACUUCUGUCAGUAAAUGCAUGAGAUUAAAAUAUGCUUGAAAGCUGUUCGUC